AUGGCUCCAAAGCUUCUCACCCUCCCCUUCUUCCUCCUAUGCCUCUCCCUGAGCUCCGCUCGCCUCCACCCUCUCGACCCUCUCACCCCUUCCGAGAUCUCCACCAUCCGCCGCAUAAUCAAAAACUCCAGCCUCGGCUCAUCAAAAUCACUGACCUUCCAGUACGUUGGCUUGGACGAGCCCGACAAGCCCGAGGUGUUCUCCUGGCUAUCCGGCCACGCCGCCCCGCCACGCCGAGCCUUCGUCAUCGCUCGGUCCGACAGGCAGACGCAUGAAAUCUACGUCGACAUAACCAAUCACUCCAUCGCAUCCGACAAGGUCUACAAUGGCUUCGGAUAUCCCAUGCUCAACUUGGAGGAGCAAGGGGAGGCCUCCGCCCUGCCGCUCAAGUACGAGCCCUUCAUAGAAUCGGUGAAGAAGAGAGGGGAGGAUUUGAAGGACGUGGUGUGCACCACCUUCAGCGUGGGGUGGUUUGGGGAGGUCAAGCAAGGGAAGAGGCUGCUCAAGAUAUUGUGCUUCAUGGAGGGGGAUACGGUGAACUUUUACGCGAGGCCGUUGGAGGGGAUAACGGUGGUGGUGGAUUUGGACGCCAUGGAGAUCGUGGAAUAUGAGGACAGGUUCAGUGUUCCCGUGCCCAAGUCGGUCGGUACGGACUACCGAGCCUCGAAGCAGAAGCCACCGUUCGGGCCCAAGACAAAGCCCGGGGUGGUGGUCCAGCCGGAGGGAAAGGGGUUCGAGAUCGAUGGCCACACCAUCAGGUGGGCCAACUGGGCCUUCCACUUGAGCUAUGACGUCCGGGCUGGCUCCAUCAUCUCCCUAGCAUCCAUUCAGGAGAACGACAACGAGACCCACCGGCGAGUACUGUAUAGGGGCUACGUAUCGGAACUCUUCGUACCUUACAUGGAUCCAUCUGAGGAAUGGUACUACAAGACAUUCUUCGAUGCCGGGGAAUUUGGUUUUGGGCUUUCAAUGUCUUCCUUGGAGCCCAUGGCUGACUGCCCGAGCAAUGCUGCAUUCAUGGACGUUUACUUUGCUCACCAGGAUGGUGAGCCCAUCCCGAUUAAGAAUGCUUUGUGUGUGUUCGAGCGCUACGCUGGAGAUGCUUCUUGGCGGCACACAGAGACUGAGAUUCCAAAAGAAGUGAUUACGGAGGUUCGACAAGACGUGAGCUUGGUUGUGAGGAUGGUUUCCACGGUUGGAAAUUAUGACUAUGUGAUUGAUUGGGAGUUCAAGACUGACGGCUCUAUAAGACUUGGGGUAUCGCUAACAGGAAUCCUGGAGGUCAGGGCUGCUCCCUUCACCCAUGUAGACCAAAUAAUCAAUGAUGAACACGGCACUUUGAUAGCUGAGAACACCAUAGGGGUCUACCACGAUCAUUUCAUCACCUCCUACCUCGAUCUCGAUAUAGAUGGAUCCAACAAUUCCUUCAUCAAAUCCAAGCUUAAGACAGUGAGGGUGACCGACGGCGAGACACCCAGAAAGAGCUACUGGACCAUCAUCAAGGAAACAGCAAAGACCGAAGCCGAUGCACGCAUCGAUAUUGGCUCGGAGUCAGCUGAGCUUCUGAUCGUUAAUCCUAACAAGAAGACCAAGCUGGGGAACAGCGUAGGCUAUCGGUUGAUCAGCAAUGGGGCGACAGCAGCUUCUCUGCUCACAGAUGACGACUAUCCUCAGAUAAGGGCGAGCUACAGUAAGAAGCAGGUCUGGGUGACCGCAUACAACAAGUCGGAGAAGUGGGCUGCCGGGCUUUAUGCGGACGAGAGCAGAGGUAACGACAACUUAGCCGUGUGGAGCCAAAGGAACCGAGUAAUUGAGGAUACAGAUAUUGUAUUAUGGUACACAGUUGGUUUCCAUCACAUCCCUUACCAAGAAGAUUUCCCAUUGAUGCCAAUGUUGAGUGGUGGGUUGGAACUUAGGCCUUCCAAUUUUUUUGAGAGCAAUCCAUUAAUCAAGACUAAACCCAACAAGCAUUUCCAGUGGCCCAACUGCACCAACAAUUCUUAGAAGAAGGUCUUCAAAGCACAAAUCAUCAAUGACUGAAAAUAAGGAAUCAAGAAGACCGACAUUUCCAUUGAUUCAAAAAAUUAUCGCAGAUGUAUUCGUGACUUUAAGAUUGUAUGUUUGUUCCAUACCAUGACUCUGAAAAGGAUUUACAUGCUUGUUCUAAUUGGUCAUGUUGGGCCACCAACAAUUCUUAGAAGAAGGUCCUGAAAGCACAAGGAAUCAAGAAGGCCUACAUUUCCAUUGAUUCAAAAAUUAUCGCAAAUGUAUUCGUGACUUUAAGAUUGUAUGUUUGUUCCAUAUCAUGACUCCGAAAAAAAUUUACAUGCUUCUUCUA